AUGUCGGCAACUGGCCUCGAACUCCGGCGCAUUCUUCAUUGCAUUGAUCCGUUUCAUGAAUAUCACGAUCCCGCGGAAACUGUGGUUCUAACAUGUGUGUGUUUAACAUUGCUGCACUACAGUUAUGAUAUGACCGAUGUGCCGACACUCAUGUUGUGCUCCGGUACUUUCAUAGGGUAUAUAGUAGUUUUUUCUGGCGAAAUCGUAGGUGAAAUAGUAUCAGCUGCGGCGGAUGCAUACGUAGACGCUUGGUGGUCGGCGACAGGCGCAGCAUUGUUCGGCGCGUGUGGGUGGCUAACGAUGAACGGGUGGCGCGACGUACCUCCUAGCACGCGCAGAACUCAUGCGCAAGCUGCCGGCAUCUGUGCAAUCGUCACCGCUACGAUACUCGCCCUCGACGCCAUCCUGGCCAUCUGCUCGGCGCACAAGGAGGACAACAGCUCGCGCACCUGCAGUAAGAGCCAGCAUCGCGCCGGUCAUAUAUGAUAGUAGUAAGAAAUAAUUUUCCCUUCAUGUUUUUACCUGGGUUCGGAAUAUCCCUGCAACCAGUGUUAGUUUUCUUUAAUAAAUUAAGUUUUGCUUGAGAUUUUGUUUUAUGUUUCGUUACUAAUAAUAGUUUUAUCUAUAUAAC